AUGUUUCAUACAAUUCAACGACAAUUAAAAAUAUUUCUUCUAAUCAUAUGUUCCUGUUUCAAUUUCAUAAUUGGAGGUCCUGAUCAACUUCGUCUAUUAGAACAUCUAUUGACUAACAAUAAAUUCAAACCAAUUGCACGACCUGUUCAAAAUGAUUCUCAUACAUUACCUGUUACUAUAAAUUUAUCUUUACAACAAAUCAUUACUUUUGAUGGAAAGAAUGAAGCUAUUACUAUUAGUGGCUGGAUGACAAUCGUAUAUUUCUCUGCAACGAACAAUAGUACCAAAUAUGACUGUUGUCCAAAUGUGUAUCCAUACGUACUAUAUACUAUCCGAAUUCGUCGACGUUCUCUUUAUUAUAUUACAAAUACUGUUGUACCUUGUUUUCUUAUCAGUUGUAUGACACUACUCGGACUUGUAUUACCACCGGAUAGUGGUGAUAAAAUAACCUUACAGAUUACAACUCUUUUAACUAUCGUUAUGUUCAGUUUACUUCUAUCAGACUUCAUGCCACCAAGCUCAACUGCUGUACCGCUUAUUACUGUUUAUUUCAUGUGCGUUAUGAUUAUGUCUGUAGUUUCAGUUGGUGCAUCAGUAUUAGUAUUAUCACUUCAUUUUCGAAACUCUAAAACUUAUACAAUACCAUUAUGGAUUCGUAAGUAUAUUUGUAACUAUUUGGCAUGGCUAUUAUGUAUGAACCGUCCUAAUCAUGAUUUAAGUUGGCACGCCAUUCGUCGUCGAUGGGCUUCUACGAGUCAAAAAUCGAAUAAUAUAGAUGAAUCAAUUGAUGAUCAUCAUUUUAAGAUUCCUUCUGAACCAUUAUUGAAUAAUACAAUGGAGUUGUCAUCGACCAACAUUAUAAAUAUUGACAGAGAACCUUUAAAAUUCCAAGAAAGUCGAGAAAAACAAAGCUCAGAUUCGCUAUUAGAAUAUCCUGUACCUUCAACAACAAAAACUCAUCAUUCUCAUCAUCAUCAGAAUACAUAUGAUAUAGAAAUGAUUUGUUCUAAGCUACAUAUUAUUAGUUCUCAACUCGCCAUUCUUACUCGUCAUUCUCGACAAGAAGAAAAAGAUGAUGAUGAAUCUCAAGAAUGGAAAUUUAUGGCAAGAGUCAUUGAUCGUCUUUGUCUAGUAAUUUUUGCUGUAUGCAUGAUUAUUUUUACUACGUUUAUUUUUCUUCAUUUUUAA